ACGAUAGAACAUAGCAAACAUGAUUUAAUAUACUAUGUCAUAUUCUGCAGCCUGUACCUGCUGCUUGGGGGAUACACAAUAGGAACCUUGGUCUUAGAGAUGACAUCCGUCUUCGCUGAUGCAAAAAGCAAGUUCAGUGUUGUGAUUGCCACGAUGAUAGUCUUGGUAUUUUGCAUAAUUUCUGGGAAUUACUUGAUGAGGAAACAAAUUUCCUCGAGUUUGGUUCAAUUCGGGAAAAUCGACAAUGCUCUGCUCAGAUUCAACACGAGAAUUUGUUACAAGGACCUGAGGAAAGAUAACAUGGGCUUGAUGAUUCUAAUGUUCAGUUCAGUUGUGAUCAGGAGCGUCAUUAUGAUCAUUCUGAUCGACUUGGACUUCCUACAAUCGGUGACAGUUUUUGGUGUUCUGUCAGUGAAAGCUUUAACGAAGUACCAGUUCAUUUCUUACAUCAAGCAACUGUCGAAAAGAUUCGAAAAGGUGAACGACACACUGAAAGACAUCUUUGAAAGAAGUACGAAGGAUAAAAUAAUAUUCAAUCACCUGACUUAUGGAGGCGUUAUUUCGGAGGGAAUCUUGAUUAUGUGCCGUCAGCAUCAUCACCUCUGCCAGUGGAUGAGGAUAUUGAACAAUGCUUUCGGUCUCCAACAACUGACUUCGAUUGCUGUUUCAGUUUGUAACGUUUUAUUUCAGACGUAUUAUCUCUAUUUCGUCUUGGCGGAAAAUCAAAUCACUAUACUAUCUAUUUUCACGCCUUUGAUUUGGACCCUGGAUGAGAUGAUGGAGAUUCAACUGUUGGUUACAUCGUGCGUUGAGGUCUGUGACAACGCGAACUCAACUGCAGCUAUCUUGCAUGAAAUGAGGAAUGAUAAUUUCAAUGUAUCACUUGAAGAGAGUAUCCAAACGUAUUCUCUGCAAAUGCUGCAUCAAAAGAUCGAAUUUUCUGCUAUGGGAUAUUUCGUUAUCGAUUAUACGCUAACCUAUUCGAUAGUUGGUGCUGUAACAACAUACCUGGUCAUUUUUAUUCAAUUCGAUCAAGGAAGCCGAAAAACAGAAGUAAUUGAUUCUACAGAUACCGUUACUGUAUUGCCAAUAAACAAUAGCACAUGAAAUUACAUUGAAAUUUUCAGUGAAUA